UGAAAUUUAGAGGAGAUUAGUCUCUUAACGUAGCCGAGUUCGAGUUUCGGGUGUGGAUUAUUGCGGUUGGUUGAUAUGUGAUUGCUGGGAAUUGAGUUUAGGGUGUUUAGGUUUACAUAUAGAGGAGCUUUUCAGUAUGGAUGAUGCUCCGAGUAGCUCGAGUUCACUCCCUCCUUUCCUUACGAAGACAUAUGAGAUGGUGGACGAUCGUUCGACGGAUUCUAUCGUGUCUUGGAGUGCAAGCAAUAGAAGUUUUGUUGUGUGGAAUCCGCUGGAAUUCGCGAGGGAUUUGCUUCCGAGGUUCUUCAAGCACAACAACUUUUCUAGCUUUAUCAGACAACUUAAUACAUAUGGUUUCAGGAAAAUUGAUCCCGAGCAGUGGGAGUUUGCGAACGAGGAUUUUAUAAGAGGUCAACCUAAUCUUUUGAAGAACAUACAUAGACGGAAACCGGUUCAUAGCCAUUCGAUGCAGAAUCUUCUAGGCCAAGGAGCUUCUCCAUUAACAGAUUCAGAGAGACAGAGUUUGAGGGAUGAGAUCGAGAGACUUAAGAACGAAAAGAAUUCGCUCGUUCUAGAGUUAAAGAGGCAUGAGCAGGAGCGGCAAGGAUUCGAGAUGCAAAUGCGGGUUUUGAGGGAGCGCAUGCGAACUAUGGAGCGGCGGCAGCAUGUAAUGGUGUCUUCUGUGGCUCGAGCCUUGCAGAAACCAGGGUUUCCCAUCGAUCCGACUCCACAAUCCGAGGCUAAUGACAGAAAGAGAAGGUUUCCGAGCAUUGCUUACUUAUACAAUGAAUCGGAGAUUGAAGACAAUCUGACAGGAAAUUCCCUUACAGCAAGAGAAAAUCCAGAUAGCUCAUCAUUGUUCGACAUGGGGCAUCCACUUGAACAGUUAGAGUCGUCCAUGGUGUUUUGGGAGAAUGCUGUGCACGAUUUCGGUCGAAUUAACAUCCAACUUAGUUCAAGCCUGGAUGAAUCAACAAGUUGUCUGGAAAGUCCAUCUGUAACUUGCAUGCAACUUGACAUCGAUGCUCCAGUAACAUCAUCUCCGAUUGACAUGAACUCCGAGCCUGCAACUGCACUUGCCUCUGAGCCUCUUACAACUAACGAACAACCUGCACCAGCUGGGGUUAAUGAUGUAUUCUGGGAACAAUUUUUGACCGAACAUCCGGGUUCAUCCGAUACUCGGGAUGUUCAGUCCGAAAGAAAUGAUUCCGAUCAUGGCAGAUUUUGGUGGAACAUGAAGAACGUCAAUAGCCUUACAGAACAGAUGGGGCAUCUUACUCCAGCUGAGAGAACCUGACAUGCCUCAAUGUUUCAGACUAGGUUUAACUCGGACUCGGUUAGAUUAUAGGAGGCGAGUACGAUUUUUUUGUGUUCAUGUUCUUAUGUGUUGAGCACAAGUAUCAGUUGCCCGGAUUUCAGAUGCAUUAUAAAUAGGUAUCAUAGAUUGAUGUGAAAAUAUAUAGUAUGGCCAUAGUUUUAGGUACUAUACUGCUAUAGUUAUUC